AUUUUGAGAUUCAUCCUAUUAAAGUAUUUUCUGACAGUACGUUAUUUGUGUAGUAGCACGUAAAACAAUUUACUUCACGUACGAGAACGGUAUGUUCAUCGUCAUUCAGCUUAUACACAUCAACAGCUGCUCAAGCGGAAAUUUAGGCAUACGCACAAGAUUAGACAGGACGGGAGUUACGAUACGAGUUCUCUGAGCCGAUUCUUAUGAACAAUGGGAAAGAAUCAAGUUGGAAAUAACGAUACGAACAACAACACCAAUAAUAGCACUAAAUCUAUGGAAGACAGCGACCCUAAUCCACGGUUUCGAGUUUAUAAAAAACGAUGGUUCGUAAUGAUCAACUUAUCACUGCUGAAUUUCUCGAUUGCAACGAUAUGGCUCGGAUUCAGUCCAGUUGCUUACAAAGCUUCAGUAUACUACAACACAAGCGUAUCCACAAUUAAUUGGUUGUCUAUGAGCACACUUGUUGUUUCAAUUAUAUUUGGAUUCGUAUGGUCAUAUGUCAUGAAUCGAAUCGGAUUGCGAGCAUGUAUGUUGACAAGCGCUUGGAUGGCGUUCAUUGGCGCUGGAUUACGAAUAUGCAGCACAAUUGAAACAAUUCCAGAUGAAGUUCGACUUGCGUUAUUAUUUAUUGGUCAGGUAAUUUCUGGAAUUGUUCAACCUCUCGCCAUAUAUUCGGCACCAAAAUUGGCAGCAAUAUGGUUUCCGUCAAAUCAACGAUCGAUUGCGACAACUGCGUCAGGGAUGGCAAAUCCUGUCGGAGUUGUACUGACUGGAAUCGUUUCACCGUUGUUUGUUGAUCAAGAUGGCUUUAUACACAUGCGAUACAUGCUUAUAGCAUAUUCCUGUAUGCCCUUACUUUGUGUCGUGAUGACCACAAUAAUUAUGACGUCAGAUGGGCCUCCAAGUCCACCUUCUUAUGGAGGAACGGUGACAACGUCGGAAAACUUUUUUGCCGGUGUAAAAGAAAUUCUCCAAAACAGAGCAUACGUUAUUCUGAUGAUCGGUGUUGGAUCAGCCAUCGGACUUUAUUCUUCAUUUGCAACGCUCGUGGAACAAGUGCUAUGCCCGUGGGGGUAUACAGACACGAUAGCUGGUGUAUGUGGGAGUGUUAUGACUUUAGCAGGACUCGUUGGUGCUAUUAUAAUGAGCUUAAUUGUGGACAGAACUAAGCGUUUCUCUGAAUCUUUAAAGUUUAUGUUUAUAUCAGCAGCAGUUGCAACCAUCGUAUUUACUGUGACGCAUAAAAUGUACAUGGGAUAUUUGAUCGUACUUGAGAUGGGAAUGUUAGGAUUUCUAUCGUUCGGAAUAUCCCCAAUAGGAAUGGAAACUGCAGCAGAAUGUACAUUUCCUGUCGGUGUUUCGAUUGGAAUAGCUAUGCUACAAAUAUCGGGGCAGACACUGUCUAUAUUGUUGAUUCUACUUCUACAAUCUCUUGGGCGACCUAUGACCCCGGAAGAACUAAUACAUCAUGGAUCAAAAUGUCACUCAUCUUCAUUUACAUAUUUUAAUUCGUCCGGAACUGCAUUACCGAAAGUUUUUCCUGAAGUCAUCACAUAUGAUUUAACAGUUUCCACUUACGUUAUGUCCGGCAUCAUGACAUUUGUUGCACUUUCUUUUCUGAUAUUUUUUCAUCCGACUUACAAGCGUAUGGACGCGGAAAAAGAAGCAGCAAGAAUCCAGACCGCAAUAAACGAGGAGACUUUAGAUAUUGAAUCACCAAGACAUCAAAACGAUACAUUACGAACGUUUUGUAUGGACGAAUCUGGUGAAUUUGAUAACAGGAAGUCAACAAACUGUGAAAUUAAAGUGCGUGAAGAAUAAUUGCAAAUGGAAUGACGCUUUAGCAUUACCGUGAAUAACUUGCUGUAAACUUGAAGUUGUUUAUGACUAUGUAUUGUAUCGUCUGCAGUAUACUAUAAAUAUUAUCAUGAAGUUAUUCGUCACCCCUACUUUUAGGUAUUCUUGAAAGGCAAUCAAAUAACCUUCCAAAAAUAACUUUUCUAUAUUUUAUGUCUUUACGAUUGUGCAAUAAUUUAAAGUAACUUUUACAUCAUGGUAUUUUUUGAACUUUUGUCGAAUGGUGCCUAACUUUAUGUGUAUUUUGUACCAACCUGUAGAAAAUACAUUUUUGUGACGCUACUGUCGAGAUUUAUUU